AUGCAUUGGACUAUGUGUCUAGAAGGUGGGCCAAGACGUGUAAAUCACGCAGCUGUUGCGUUAAACGAUGAAAUUUAUUCUUUCGGAGGCUACUACUCGAAUGAAGUAUACGACGGUAGACAGCCUAUUGAUGUACAUGUUUUAGAUACAAAAACCUGUCGUUGGCGUAAACUUCCUGUUUCAACAGACGAAAAUGAUUCAUCCAUAUCACAAAGUAAUAUACCUUACCAACGAUACGGUCAUGCGGUUGUUGUUUAUAAGAACAAAGCAUAUUUGUGGGGAGGUAGAAAUGACGAUUUUGGUGCAUGCUCGAAGAUGUAUUGCUUUGAUCCAAAAACUAUAUCUUGGUCCCUUGUUCCCUGUCGUGGUGAGAUACCACCAGCACGCGAUGGUCAUAGUGCUGUGGUUUUGGAUGACACUCUGUAUAUGUUUGGCGGUUUUGAAGAACAAUCUCAGAGGUAUUUUUCACUUUUUUUCCCACGAUGGAGGGAUUUUCAUACUGCUUGCAUAAUCAAUAGAAAAAUGUAUGUGUUCGGCGGACGUAGCGAUUUACUCAGUGAAUUUCAUAGUUCACAAGAUUAUUAUUCCAACGCACUAAAAGUGCUGAAUUUGGAAACAUACCGUUGGGAGGAUCCAGAAGUAACUGGUGAUUUACCCUGUGGACGACGGAGUCAUAGUGCUUGUAAACAUCUGAAUGAUUUGCAUGAAUUCGAUCCCGGAACAUCAUGUUGGCGCCUACUUAAACCAUACGGUAGUGGUCCGUCACCAAGGCGACGACAAUGCGCAAUUGUUAUCGCCAGUCGCGUCUUUUUGUUCGGUGGCACUAUGUUAGUUCUGCCUUGCAAGUCAUCAAAAGCUGAACUCAUCAAUAAUGGUCUUUCGAAUCUCUCAGAUCUUCAUGUGCUCGAUUAUGGUUUGUUGGCGAUAAUUUUUUGCUUCAUUUUUGCCAUUUUUAAUAGUUAG